ACAAGCAGUGGGAUGUGGUUACUCAUGGAACAACAUCUCUGAGUUAACAGCAUUCCGUAACUCAGUAUCUUAUCAGAGGGGUAGUUGUCACAUCCUAACUUAUCAUUUGAAACCUUUGAUGCAAACUUGCAAUUUCCAAAUGUUAACUUAAAAGGAAGAUUUGCAAAUGUUUCCAGCACUUGUUUUAAUCAAAUAUUAGUGACACAUAUUUCAAAAAGUCAGAUUCUUAUCUGAGGAAACUGAACUUGGUACGAUGUGUGAAAACUACUUUUUGAUAACUAGUUUCUUCUUGUGUUUUACAGCAGACACGGAAGCAGCUCAAACAAAAAACUGCAGCCCUAUUUGGAGGCAAGUUGGAGAGACUGUCACCCUGCCAUGUAAAUACAGCCCAAGAUCGGAUCAAAAAAGCUACUUGGACAUUGAGUGGGCGAUCAGAAGCACAAACAGUAACGAGUCUGAUAAAGUGAUUUUAACACACGCUGGUGGAAAGGUUUAUGUGACCCAGGGUUGGCAGCAGAGAAUCUCCUUUGCCUCUGGAAAUGGCAGUGAGGGAGAUGCUACACUGUAUUUUACGUCACUGGCUGUGAAUGACAGUGGAAUCUACAACUGCAAAGUGAAAGCAGAAGGCAAGAUUCAUCAAAGUGCCUGCAAUUUAACAGUACGAGCAGAAUCUGUCACUCCAACAAUCCCCGUCACUCAACAUAAAAUAACAAGUCAAAAGACCACAGAACAGUACAACACCACACUUCGAACAUUACCAGAAGGUUCUUCAAAGGUUGUUGGAAUUGGUCUUAGCAUUUUUGGAUUCAUCAUUUUGCUCACCUUUUCGAUCAGGUGUUUGCAACCUAAAAUACACAGUUCUCGGACAUCAGCGAAUACUUUGCGAAAAUCAGAGGAUUCCUUAUCUCAGGGCUACCAGCGGUGCACCACAGUACAGGUACCUGGUGAGGACAUCGUAUACUCCGCAGUACAGACGGCCAGAAAAGACAAUGUAAAUUCCACAGCUCAGGCACAAGAUCAGAACGCCAUAUAUUCCAAAGUCCAGAAGUUAAACACAGUACAGAAUUGUGAUGAAAUUAUUACUUAUGCUCCAAUACAGAAUUUGAAUGCAACACCUCAGCCUAACAUAUCAAUAAAUUACAACCCAGAUGUUGUGUAUGCCAAAUUAAAAAAUUCCAAUAUGGCUUCAGUAUGCAAAGAAGCAUGAUUCAGACAUUAGGAACUGAAAUACAGAAAACACAAUGGACUGUUGCAGAACACUUGGACAGAAUGCACUGAAAUAUCCUUUCAUAUGAUUCCCAUUUGGCAAAACAAUUAUCUGAAGAUAAUUAACUGUGCCACAUUUGUAAGCAUGAGCUCAUGCCCAAGUGCUCCGCCAUUCAUUUAGAUCAUGGCUGAUCUUCUACCUCAAUGGGCUAUGGGGAAAAGAAGCUGUUGAGCAGGAUAGCUCUUUCAAAGCAACGCACAGGCACGAUGGGCCACACAGGCUUUUUCUGUGCCUUAUAAUUCCACGCUGAGUAGCACUGAUUUGCCUAAAGUGUCUCCCCACAGAACGGCAGAGCACGGGGUCACUUUGCAAUUUGCAAUCAAGCUAUCACUGGGAGACACUGAAUAAAGUUGAGGUAUUCCCAAUUUGUGCUGCCCUUGUGGCAUUCUGUCAGAUACUACCAACAGCUAGAAAACCAGUAUUCAAACACUGUGAAUGGAGCUUGGGUUUGUGCUUCAGUUGAAUGAAGUGCCAUUCCAGAAAUGCAGCUUUUCAAAAUCUACCCAACAAUGUAGUAAUAUGUGCAGUAAGAACUCUAAAACAAUGCCAGGGAAACUAGAUUAAUUUAACAGUGUCAUCUCAAUGUAUCAUUUCACUGAGACAUACUUAAGUGUAUUAUCCUUGAUAAGCAAGGGGGUGAAAUGUUAUCGGGGUAGGCAAAAUGUAGGGUUAUGGUUACAAUCAGAUCAGCCAUGAUCUUAUUGAAUGGUGAAGCAGGCUCGAGGGGCCGAGUGGCCUACUCCUGCUCCUAAUUCGUAUGUUUGUAUUAUCCUUACAAUAUAUACAUAUAAGAAUUUCCUGCCAUUUUCUGUUAAUAAUGUAUAUAAAAUGAUUCAAUAGAAUGCAUAUUUCCCAUGUGGGAGGCAAACUAUUAUAAUGUAAAAAAAAAGUGUAAAAAUCAAGUCCACUAUUUUAAAAGUAAUGUGAAUGCUACAAUCAUUUUCCAAGAUAUUGCAAUAAUCCAAUAAGUUAAUAAAUAAAAUAUCUUACACUGAUUUGUUCAUGAGAGCUAUUGUCUGUUAAUUCUACUGACGACUUAAGUAAUUACAAUAUAAUUUCAAUUAAAUACAAUUAAAUAUA